ACCACAUAUACACGCAUUUACACAUUGUGUUAUAUAACAACAACACAAACAUGUCUAGCAUGGCCGACGUCGUGCUGCUAACAACUGCAACUCCAUUACCUUGCAUGCCGUUUUCACUCAGUCCGUUGCGUUUGAUCGAUAGAGCCGUGUUUUUAUGGCGCACAAUUUCGUUUUGAGAUUUUGAAAUCUUUUCAAAAACGAAUACAAGUGAAUGUUUAAUUUUUUUAGGCAGCUAAAAUUUCAGUUUUUCUUAUUUAUGCCAGUUGUAAAGAGCGUCGUGAAACUACGGUCUAAUUUUGCAGUUGUGUUUGAUUAGUAUUAAAACGAAAUUCACAAAUAACACUUUUUAAUUUUAAACUUAAAUUCUAUAUUCAUUGGUUAUAAAAUAAAGUAAAAGAGUUUGUUGUUGUCAUUGAAAGAAAGCGACAAAUCCCGCAUUUUUUUCAGUCGAGCUCAAGCUUGCGUUCAACAUGUCUUCGAUUGAAUCCAAACGAGUGCAGUACCGCAAGUACUUGGAGCGCGCCGGUGUUAUAGACGCACUCAGCAAGGCGUUAAUUAAACUCUAUGAAGAACAGAAUAAACCAGAUGAUGCCAUACGCUUUGUGCGUAAAUUUAUGUGUGAGUCUUGCCCGGAUGAUGAUCAAUUCGACAUGAUGAAAGCCGAUCUUGAUGAAGCCAAUAAGACCAUAGCACGGCUGGAGCAAGAAUUGGAACGUUUGCGCAGUCAAAUCAAGAAGACACCCGAGGAGAUCGCUGAGUUAUUGGAAGAGGGCUUCAAGAGUCUGACGGAGGAUGAAGAGUACAAUAACUCACUGUUACGCAAAUAUUUGACGCGUGAAGUGUUGGACGAGUAUAUGAUGACGACAACUGCAGCGCCCACUGAAGCCAAUCUUUUCGAUUGCAUACAAUCGGGUACAACACAUCACGACUCCAGUUGUGGCGUUUAUGCUGCUGAUGCCGAUUCGUAUGAUGUCUUCACCAAACUCUUCGAUCCGGUUAUACGCGACUAUCACGGUCAAUUGGAAAAUGAGAGCGAUAUACUACAAAAGGAAACCGAUUGGGGCAAUGUAGAUGAGAUUGAAAACUUGGAUCCGGAACGCAAAUAUAUACUGUCGGCAAGAAUUCGCACAGCGCGCAAUCUGGAAGGUUAUCCGUAUUUCCCGAAAUUGCGUGAGAAACAGUAUAUUGAAAUAGAGGAGAAAGUGCGUUCUGCUGCUGAGGGUUUGGAUGGUGAGCUAACUGGCGCUUACUACACCAUGGGCGAGAUCGAGCCAGAUAUUCAACGUGAAAUGGUCGCACGCCAUAUAUUGUUCAAACGUGGCGAUGAAUACUUAACCACUGCAGGUUGUUAUCGUUUUUGGCCUACCGGCCGUGGUAUAUUCCACAAUCCGGCUGAAACAUUUCUAAUUUGGGUUAAUGAGGAGGAUCAUUUGCGUAUAAUAUCGAUGGCUAAGUGCGGUGAUUUAGGCGACGUCUAUAAUCGUUUGGUUACGGGCAUAACCGAAUUGGAGAAGUCAUUGCAAUUUGCGCGUCAUCCGCGCUACGGCAACUUGACAGCUUGCCCCACUAAUCUUGGCACCACGCUUCGUGCUUCGGUACAUAUUCGCUUGCCAUUGCUGUCCGCGCAGGAGGAUAAGCUCAAGGCCAUGGCGGAUGAGUUGAGUUUGCAAAUACGUGGCACAGGUGGUGAGCAUACACAAAUAGAGGAUGGUGUUAUGGAUAUAUCGAAUAGACGUCGCUUGGGUUUUAGCGAAUUUGAAUUGGUCAAAUCGCUACAGGAGGGCAUAGUCGCAUUGAUUGCCGCUGAAGAGGAGCUUGAAGCUGGCGGUGGUGAGGAUUAAGCGCAUUAAAACCCUCUAUGAGUUUUUAAAACACUUAAGAUUCUGCUGACAAAUUUGAACCAUACUUCUGCAGCAACAACAGCAAGUAAAAUAAACUUAAUUUGACACUAAUCUUAUUUAUAAAAUUGUUUAAUGUUUUAGCGCAAUAUUUUCUGUUAUCCAUUCAAGUUUUAACUAUGACUGAAUUCAUGAAACUCGCACUAAUAAACUCUGAAAUCACUUGUUUCUCAUAGUAAA